UACGAAUUCUUCCUACGAUAAAGUGUUUGUGUCUUCCUCCCCAAGAACUCCCAAAGAGAACGAACGGAUUGAGCGGUUUCCCGCUCCUUUUCUUAGACGAACAAGAAAUUUCCUUCCGACUUGACAAUGGCCGCCGUCAUGUGCUAUUGACUCUAGCACUGACUGUGAAGAGACUGUUAAACAGGCCGCCCUUCCUCCUUGUGUACAGUUGCGGCAGAAGAUCAAACAAAGGGAAGAAUGGUUUGUUGCUAGAGAUUUUUCAUUAGCGAAGACAGUGACGGCUCUAAUGUUAUCUUCUUUGACACAUUCUGGUGCGCAGUGAAUUAUGACUCUCUUGAAGUGCAGAAAGAAAUGUUAGGGUUUGGUUUAUGGCUCAAUUGGAUGGUUUUCGUCGAUUGCCAUGGAAGGAUGGUGGAACCACCUGCCAGAAAUACUAUGUGGAGAAUGGAUUUUAAUACUCCAGAAAAUUAUGAUGACACCGAGCUUUUUUGCGGAGGCUUAAAAGUUACCCACGAAGACAACGGAGGCAAAUGCGGAGUGUGUGGUGAUCGCUACGACAUGCCUCAACCACGACCACAUGAAUCCGGUGGCAAUUUCACAUCCAAUGUCAUCGGUAGAGUAUACCAACCAGGCAGAGUAGUCGACGUCAUGAUCGACAUAGUAGCCAAUCAUAAAGGGUACUUCGAAUUUUCUUUGUGUGAGAGAGAUGACCCGCUGGAGAAAGAAACUGAAGAGUGCUUUGAUAAACGAAUUCUUCAACUGGCCGAUGGAACUGGGACUAAAUUUUUCAUUCCAAAAGAUGACAAUGGGUUCUAUAUGAUACCUGUGAAAAUUCCUUUAGAUGUCAGUUGUGCAUAUUGUGUUUUCCGUUGGCACUGGCGUUCUGCCAACAAUUGGGGAGACUGUGACAAUGACACGAAAGCUGUUGGAUGUGGCCCUCAAGAAAUUUACCGCAACUGUGCCGACAUUGCAGUUUUAGCUGGAGCUGGUGUUAGGGGCAACGCUGCUUUUAACCCCAGAGUCAGAGGUCCUAAAGCCUUAAAGAAACACCCAAAAAGACCAGUCAAAGAAAUCUUCCAUGAUCAUCAUCAGCAUGUGUCGUCGUAA